GUCGACCAAUCGGAAGUUCGCAAUCGCGGGACUUGGAGUGAGCUGCUCAGGCUCGACUCGCUUUAACUGUACUUCUCUGCAUUUCUUGAGGAAAUCUUCAAACUUGUCAACUUAGCAGAGGGACCAGAGGGGGGACUACAGGAGCAAGUUUUAACGGGUCGGGCCGCCCUGCCUGCCACAUCCCAUCAUGCCUCUGGUGACGAGGAACAUAGAGCCGCGGCACGUGAGCCGUCAGACCAUCCCUACAAACAUCCGCAGCGAACUGGAAUGCGUGACCAACAUCAGCCUGGCCAACAUCAUCCGGCAGCUGGGCAGCCUCAGUAAAUAUGCAGAGGACGUGUUUGGGGAGCUGUUUGUCCAGGCCGGAGCGUUUGCCACCAGGGUCAACACGCUGGGGGAGAGGGUUGAUCGCCUGCAGGUUAAAGUCACACAGCUGGACCCCAAGGAAGAAGAAGUCUCUCUGCAGGCCAUCACUACCCGGAAAGCCUUCCGCAGCAGCCUGACCCAGGACCAGCAGAUGUUCACCAGGCCGUCUCUGCCUGUGCCCGUGCAGGAUACCUACAGCACCUGCAAUCCUCCACCACCCCUCAACCAGCUCAGCCAGUACAGGGAGGAUGGUAGAGAGGCUCUGAAGUUUUACACCGAUCCGUCCUACUUCUUUGACCUGUGGAAGGAGAAGAUGCUGCAGGACACCAAGGACAUCAUGAAGGAGAAGCGAAAGCACAGAAGGGAGAAGAAAGACAACGUGAACCCAAGGACACUUCAUCCAAGAAAGAUCAAGACCAGGAAGGACGAAUGGGAGCGGCUUAAGAUGGGAAAGGAGUUUGUCGUACCGAAGAACGAGAUAAGCUCCUCAGAGGGAUUAAACGGCAGCAUCGGAUUCGACGAAGACUUCAACUCGGAUGGCCUUGAGCAAAGCACGGGCUCCUACGCUUACGAGUCCGGCUCCCCUCUGCCUCCGCCGGGGCCUGAUGACAUCCUGCCUCCUCCACCCCCGGACAUGCCGAUUAGUGAUGGAGGACCCGCUCAGCAGAGACUCAGCCUGCUCAGUCCAUCCCACCCUCCUCCGGCUCCCCCAGCAAUGUCACCCCCACCUGGCUCCCGCCCGAACCUCUCCCCUCCCCCCGCACCUCCUCCCCCGCCCCCACCUUCUGGUUUUGCUCCACCUCCUCCUCCACCUGGCUUCGAUGCUCCACCUUCGCCACCGGCGCCAUACUUUCCGUCUCCGCCCGCUCCGCCCCCACCGCCUGAUAUGGCCGGCGUGGCUCCUCCUCCACCGCCUAUGCCGACAGGUGGGGGACCGCCACCCCCUCCGCCUCCUCCUCCGCCCCCUGGGCCUCCUCCUCCAGCCUCUGACUAUAGUGCUGCUCCUCCCGCCGGUGGUGGCCACGCCCCCACCUCUGCUCCCAAACCUCAGCCUGCCCCCGCCGGUGACGGUGACGGUCGCAGUGACCUGCUGCAGGCCAUCCGACAAGGUUUCAACCUGCGCAAGGUGGAGGCUCAGCGGGAGCAGGAGAAGAGGGAUCACUUCGGCAACGAUGUGGCCGCCAUCCUGUCGCGCCGCAUCGCCGUGGAGUGCAGCGACAGCGAGGACGACUCCUCGGAGUUCGACGACGACGAGUGGUCCGAGUGAUCGCGCCUCCUCUCACCUUCACUACCACCAUCUUGCCUUUUAUUGGCCUUGGUCGACAUCGGCUCAUUUCCUCUUUUGUAUUGCAUUCUCCAAUUAUGACUCUGUUUUUUUUCUAAGCCACUGUGUGCAGGUAGCAUGUACCGGAGGUGUGUUUUUUAAAACCGCAUUCCUUCGCCGUUUUCAUAUUCAAACUUGCCGAGGCCAGGCGCGGAGGUUCUAGCGAUGGUCAGAGGGUGACUGCGGUUGCUUGUGUCCCAGUUGACCAACGUCUUCUUAAAAGCAGCUGGUGACGGAUGAUUUAGCAGUAUUGUGUGGUUUGAAGCACGUCUCCCUGCAGGGAUUUUAAUGCCUGAUUUAUUUUAUUUUUUUAUUCCCUGUCUUGACAAAGCGAAUAGACAGCAGGUUUGCACACAAGCACGUAACAUCAUUAUUGCUGUACGCCAUCCAAAGAGACAGCGUGAUAUUGUUUAAAGUCAGUGUAGACUUUGAAGCAAUCCUAUGGUAUAGAUGGGAAUUUCCAUUCCAUCAUGAUCUCGAAUUAUUGCAAUCAAUCUAAAUGGUGCCUCUUUGCCAUGUUUUUAAUCUCACCUCACCUUUUUGUAUUAAGACUUUUUUUUUUUCUGUGGUAACCAUGGGAACAAAUAACUUGUUGCUUGUAGACUAAUAAAUUAAUUAACCUUAAAAGGAAUGGUUACAGGAUGUUGCCAUACUGAACACAUUGAGAUAAAUAUGAGGUAUUUGUAUUGUAUUUUAGCUGUAUUAUUUUUUUUUUUUCCUGAGAUGAUGUCUUUGUUUCUCUUUUCUUGGGGAUGAGUUGAUUUCUGUUGCUUUAAUCGGUGAUCAAAUCAGGCAGCCGUUUGCCUCCAGUGCCUUUUUUUUUUUUUUUUUUUUACAAGCAUGUGCUUUCAUUUGGUAAGACUCGUAUUUAAUAGCAGCUUGAACUGAUGAAUUAAAUUUAAAGUGCCUUUUAUGUAAAGUGCUACAAUGUUUGCUGCACAAUUGCACAGCACGUAUAACCAAAUUAAUGCCUUUCUUCCCUUAUGUUUCCAUAAUGAUUUAUUGCAAUAAAUAUUGAUUGAAUUUAAGUGAUGGUUUCGAUUUCUGCAAGAUGGUUGGAAGUUUUCACAGUUUUAUCACGGGACUUCGACCUUCACUUUGUGUUAGAGGAGUUUUGUGAUAGACCAACACGGUGCAUAAGUGUGAAGUGGAAAUUAAAAGCAAUUCUUGGUUUUCCAA